AUAUAGCAGCAAAUUAUCUUAUGAGAAAAGCUUCAGAUUUAGUUACUGCAGUUAACGAAUGCUAUCAUGAUCUAAUUGUAUAUCUUGUCACAGCUAUUUCAGCAAAAGAUCUACUUCAAGAAAUUAAAUUGAUGUAUUCACCUAAUAUACUAAUUUCUAAUGUAUAUUAUGCAUCUGUACUAUUUAGAUAUGAAAAUGAGUUUGCUGUUAAGUUUCAUAAUGUGUCAAUACUUGUUUUUCUUGAUAACAAACAUCGAUAUAAAAUUGGUGAGCCAGGGUAUCCAGUAGCAGCAGUAGAUAGGGGUAAACAGGUAAUAGUUGAGAAAGAUACAAAAUUUGUAGUAAAUGACUAUGAUUUUACCAAAACUAGAAUAAUACCAAAUGUAACAAUGCUAUAUAAUAUUCCAGAAAAAAUUGAUGGUGAUUUCUACACAAGAAAGGUAAAUAUCUGUUUAAAGGAACUAAUAUUUCAGCUAUCUUCCUCUUUAUGA